GAUUCAGUUGGACAGAGAGAGAGAGUUAGAGAACAAGCAGCUGUGUACUAUUUGCAAGAGGUGUAUGGGUGAACAGCAAUAGAAGGACUAUUGGAUGGGAAAGAUAUAGAGCAUGCUCAGUGUCUCUCUCGUUCUCGUUCCCUCUCUCUCUCUCUCUCCCUCUCUCUCCUCUCUCUCCUCUCUCCCUCUCGCUCUCCCCCUCUCCCUCUCUCUCUCUCUCUCUCUCUCUCUCUCCACCCCUGAAAGAGGCUCAGCUAGUGCGUUCAUCUGCAGAGCAAGGACUCUGCUGCAUAUGAGAGAGGGAGCAUGUGAGCGUUAGCUCUCUCUCUCUUAGCCGAUGUAAACUGAUCUAUGCACACCUAAACCUGCGCAAAUGCCUCGUGCACAGCCUACGUGCACUCGACUCCCGGGACACCGACGGCAGCUGGACGAAUCCGCCAGUCGACAGAAGUUUUUGAAGAACUGAGCAUCCCGGCAUUGCAGUUCUUCCUCCCGAUCCGGGGCUGUCUGGCUGGAAGCUCUCUCGCUUUCUCGCCCUCUUGCCCUCUCGCUCUUUUUUUCUUUGACUCACUCAACCUUCUGCACUGGAGCAAGGACCUGGGGCAGACGUACGCCUCCUCUGGCCCUCUCGAUGGGCAUCGGUUCCAGGCCCCGGGCACCUGUGUUUACCUCCCUUCCUCCUCGACCACCGCCACCACCUCCUCCACCAGCACCACAGCAACACCCACAAUGCCCCCGACGGGCGGGCUUGGUGAGCGGGGGAAGCCUGGCUAAGCACGCGGGGAAACUCUUCCUUCACCAAUGAAAGGCUUCAAACUCGCCUGCACCGCCAGUAACUCCAACCGGAGCACGCCUGCAUGCUCGCCUGUCCUGCGGAAACGCUCCCGCUCCUCCACCCCCCAGCUCAGCCCCGACAACGAGAGCUACGCCAUGGUGGAGAAGGGCUCGCUGGACCCGGCCCCCGACCGGUCACCCACCACCCCCGAGCCCGCGGCCCAGAACCACCACCAGCAGCAGCCCUCCCGAAGUGGGGGCAAGAACACCAAGAAAAGCCAGAGCUGGUACAAUGUAUUGAGUCCCACCUACAAGCAACGCAAUGAAGACUUCAGAAAGCUCUUCAAAUCCCUACCGGACACUGAGCGACUCAUUGUGGACUACUCCUGUGCACUGCAGAGAGAUAUCCUCCUGCAGGGCCGUCUCUACCUCUCUGAGAACUGGAUCUGCUUCUACAGCAACAUCUUCCGAUGGGAAACCCUGCUGAUGGUUCGCCUGAAGGACAUUUGCACCAUGACCAAGGAGAAGACGGCUCGGCUCAUUCCCAAUGCCAUCCAGCUGUGCACCGACAAUGAGAAGCACUUUUUCACGUCCUUUGGGGCGAGGGACCGCACCUACAUGAUGAUGUUCCGGCUCUGGCAGAACGCUCUCCUGGAGAAGCCCCUGUGCCCCAAAGAGUUGUGGCAUUUUGUCCAUCAGUGUUAUGGCAGCGAACUGGGGCUGACCAGCGAUGACGAGGACUACGUCCCCCCCGAUGACGACUUCAACACCAUGGGGUACUGCGAGGAGCCCCCGGUCGAGGACAGCAGCGAGCACCACCCGGACGCGUGCAACACCCCGGCCAAGACCCCCCCUGACGUAGGCCCGGGAACCCCGCUGCUCCCGCAGGAGGCCUACAUCGGGGUGGACCACGACCGGCCUGGACUAGAAGCCCUUCUGCCUGACGAGCUGCCCCUGGGCUUGGUCGAGGAGGACCCCCCCACACCGCUCGGCGAGGGAGAGGUCCCGCCCCCUCCUCUGCUGGCCGAGGAGCAGGCGGACCCGCAGGACGUAGGUCACAGCCCGGCGCCCUCGCUCGACCUCGACGAGCACGAGGAGCUGCCCACCGAGCUCAGCGACUCCUCAGAGACCCACGACGAAGGCGAAGUGCAGGCCUUCCAGGAGGAUCUGGGGGGGCGGCAGUACAUCAACGAGGUGUACAAGUUCAGCGUGGACAAGAUGUUCAGUGUCCUCUUCACCGAGUCCCCCUUCAUGAGGGGCUUCCUGGAGCAGCGCCGGUUCUCAGACGUGGUGUAUCGUCCCUGGACUACAGAGCUGGAGGCCGAUCAGACCAGAGAGCUCACGUACAACGUGUCCCUGAGCAACCCCCUGACGCCCAAGACAGCCGCUGUCUCAGAGACACAGACUCUGUACAAAGCCAGCCAGGAGAGGGAGUGCUACAUCGUGGAUGCGGAGGUUGUGACCCACCAUGUGCCCUACCACGACUACUUCUACACCCUCAACCGCUACGUCCUCACCAGGGUGGCCAAGCACAAAUGUCGGCUGAGGGUGUCAACAGAGAUCCGCUACAGGAAGCAGCCGUGGGGGCUGGUGAAAGGCUUCAUCGAGAGGAGCUCCUGGAGUGGCCUGGACGAAUACUUCAGACACUUAGAGCUGGCGCUGGCCAAGGCGGAGGAGGCGCUGUCGGAGCCCCUCCGGCGGUCGCUGCGGUCCAUGCCGGUGAGGACGGGCGCGGUGCGGCGCAGGAAGAGGCCCCCGCUCGCCGUGCUCCUCCUGGCCCCGGGCCUGGCCCACGAGGCCCUGAGGACCGGCGCCCAGCCCGAGGACGAGGACGAGGAGGAGGACGAGGAGGAGGAGGAGGAGGAGGAAGAGGACGGCGUGGCGGAGCAGGGCAUCCGGCGCAUUAAGCACGUGGCAGGCUCCACGCAGACUAGGCAUGUCCCGGACCGUGUGCCCGGGGGCGGGGCUGGAGGAGGAGGGGGGGGGGGCCUGGCGCUCCAUGGCGUCUCGAAGAUGCUGCUCCUCAUCAGCUAUGUCUUGGUGUUGCUGGUGUUCCUGAACAUGAUGUUGUUCUACAAGCUGUGGGGGCUGGAGUACACCGCACAGAGCCUCACCUCCUGGCGCGAUCUGCAACCACAGGAGAGCAAACCUCCCCAGACCAACCUUGAGUGGACGCAACUGUUGGAGUCCCAGCAGCGUUACCAUGACGACGAGCUCCAGAAAUGGAAGGAGAUCCUGGAGUCGUCCGUGUUGCUGCUGUACGAGAUGAAGAGCUCCCUGCUCCACCUCCAGAACGACGACGGGGGGACCACGGAGAGCCAGAGAGCAGAGGAGCAGGGGGGGGCCCCGGGCCCCUCGGUGCCACAGGUGUGAGGCCCCCAUCGCAAAGCUCCCCUCAGAAUGGCCCAAUCGCAAUAUCUCAAAAGGCACGCACGCCCACACACACACACGCGCACACACGCACACACACACACACACACACACACGCAUACACACACACACACGCACACACACACGCACACACACACGCACGCACACACACACACGCACACGCACACACGCACACGCACACGCACACGCACACACACACACGCACACAAUCCACUCAGCCCUCGGCUGAUCACUCCACCCAUUGCACCGUCACCAUGGGAUGCUGCAUGCCUCUGCACCACCGGCAUCUCACGGGCUGAAAGAGGGAGCAGGAAGCUGCAGCGUUCGUCUUUGUCGCACAACUUCCUGUCUUCAAGUUUAUUUGGAGGAGGAGGGGUGGGGGCGGGGGGGGAAGAGGAGUGGGGCUGUGGGGGACGUUUUUUCAGCACACGCAGCAUCCAAGAUGGCGUUUGACUGGGAAGCAUGCAAUACACGUCAUCUUCACGGCUGUUGGUUUCACCGGAACAAAACGGAAGAGGCAGAACUUUUCCCCACAAGCUCCGGCUAUUAUACUGCAGUUGUAUUACUAGUAAUGCGAGUGUUCCCUCAACCACAUACAACAGGACUGCUCACUCCGCCGUCUGACUGCAUUACGUCAAGCUGAUCAUCCGUGGAGCGGAACGCAGUGACGACAAAGGCAGUAACCAUAAGUGUGUGUUUGUGCGUGUGCUUGUGCGUGUGGGCGCAUGCAUGUGAGUGUGCGUCUGUGCACGUGUGUGUAUGUGCGUGUGUAUGUAUGCCUGUAAGUGUAUGUUUGUGUGUGCGUGUGAAUGCCUGUGGGUGCAAUCAUGUUUGUGUCGGUGUGUGUGUAUGGGGGCGGAGGUUGUGUGUCUGUGAGUACACGUGCUCCUAAGCGUGAAUGCAUUAGCACCCGCACAUGAUCAUCUUAUCUUUGAUGGAAUUUUUAAAAGGAAGUGACUUGCAGUCAGGGCUACUUUUUAUAUAUUUAGGCAAUCUAGAGCUGGUCUCCCUGGUAGCCUAUGCCAGACUUGUUGCGUUUCUAUGUCGUCUGUCAUGUUUUUUAUAUACCAAACAAACUACAACAACCAAACACAAACACAAAAUAGUCAAUUCUGUGGAUCAAGCUUUGUUUUUGUCAAGACAAUAGACUGGUGAGGGAGGAUUUGAAGCGGUAAGAAUGUAUCAGGCUUAGAAAUCAACUUUUCAAAUGUGUAGCCCAGAAAAAAUGAUUUUCCCUCCUCUUGAUGCCCUGGCCAGCAUAAAUUAUUGUUCCUGUAUUUUUAUUAUUUAAUUAUCAAAAACAUUUAAGAAUUCUACUGGUGUUUGAAGUAAAUAUCUAUGCUGUUUAUUUUCUGCUAUGAUUUGCAUGUGAGUACAACUUUAUUGUGGGAAUGGUACAAUUAAUCCAAUGGUAGCUGCCAUGUCUGGAUGCUAAAAAAAACAGCAUCUCUUGUUAGGAGCAUUGCAUCGUGAGCCAGUGGAACUUGUACAAGGAAUGUAUUAUCCCUUUAUCUGUAGGGGUCGGAGAGAAAACUUCACACCUACAUAACAUAUGUUUUGUGUUGAUAUUCUGUUUGACAUGUCUUCUGUUUUGUAUCAGAACAAGGAGUGGCUGACAAUAGGUUCUUCUUCUUACUUUUCCAACUCUAGUUGAUCAUACAUUUUGAAAGCCCUCUGCAGUCUCCUAGUAACCGUUGCUAAGCAGAAACCGCUUUCGGCGUAUGAGAAUCACAUUUUAGCAGCCGGGAUUUGAUCGUUUUCACUGGAUUCGCUUUUUCUAUCAUUCGUCUUUGUACUUUGUUGCCCAAAAAUAUUUAUUUAAUGAGAUUCAUUUCAUUUCAGGAUUUUUUCAUGAGACACUGAGCCACGUUUCUGAUGAAUGAUUAUAUGAUGUUGGGCUUAACUUUAUUCUGAUCUUAUUUUUGCUUGCAAAAUGUUGGCCUUUUCAUUUUGAUUUCCUCUUUAAUUAACAGCUCUGCCAAUGUAAACCAUACAAAAAUGUUCUACGGCGUUUCCCCUGGAGUGAGACCUACCAAAACAGCAUGUUCUCUUUGUGCUUGUAUUGAGGCAGAGCAAGUCUGUUAAAAUGUUAGCAAGCCAUACAUAUGAAAAGAUCAGUUGAUGAUAUCUUUUGACCAUUAAAGACUAUUAGCUGAGCGAGAGGCGCUGACUAAAAGGAAAACUUAAUCCACAUGGUAUACAGAAGCAAGCUAUUCUGGAUGUUAUUAUCUGUGUAUGGUGACAUAAAAAAAGAAAAUGUGCAUUGAAAAGAAUAUAAGCCAACAGUAUUGUCUUUGGUGCUGCCAUCCAUCAUAACUACCGUACAACAUCUGUCUUCCUCAAACAUGGCGGUUAUAUGCUUGUGCAUGUUGAUGUGUAGUCUAGCCAAGGCAUGGCCAAUCCUUCUGGUUUCUCUCUAACGGUCAGACGUUUGUUUCGUUGUUUUAAAAGAUCUGUCCGUGGAAACCAGCUAUGCCCAUUCUACCUGUAAAUCGACACACACUACAGCAAAUAACUUAUGCUAGACUAGACUAAACACAGGGAAGAUGAAAAGCUUGCUUAUUGAGAAGUAUUUCUUUAAAGACAUGUUUAGGUUCAGUUAAGAUUAAUGUAUGGCAAAAAAACGACACUGUUACAAAUUUGAAACAUGAUCCGACAAUUAAAGGUAGGGCAGGCAAUUUGUAUAAAACAGCCAGAGUAACCCAAUAAAUCCCAACUCUCCCUUCUGGAGCCCCUCCAAAGCCACUCCCUCAACACAUGGGAGUAGCUCUCUAGCUUUUGCAACAGGUCUGCCCAGCCUUGUUGAAAACUCCGGUCCAGUGCAAUGAGUGCACGAGUGUAGCCGGGUAGGUAGGUCAACAGACUGGUCGGGGGACCAAUUAUUUCAUUGGGCCCAAAGAAACGAUCAAACAGGCAUAAUACAGGCCUGCGAGAGCCACAGUUACAGAUCUUUUUUUGGUCAGAGCAUUUGGCUUUUUGAUUGAUGUCGGGAUGUAAAGGGAAUUUCAACAAAUAUGGCAAAAAAGUGCUUCUAACAUAAAUUGCCUACACUAGUUUUAGCACCGCAGCAUGCCCAUUUUUACUUUGCUCACUGCUAACAGGGACCCUUCACUGCGACUGCUUAGCUUUGGUGUUAAGCAGAAUGCUCAUGGUGCUAAAUGGACCACCUUUUCUUAAUUAUUUGAAUACAAUUUCACUUUUGACAGUGACUUUUUUAUUUCAGUGUCAGUUUGGUUUUCUUCAUAAAACCCUACUGGGCAAUGCUGGUAAAAAAAAAAAAAAGAGUAUAUCUGUUAUAUGACAGGAUCUAUAGUAUAAUGGCAACUGCAUGGCUCUAAUAACUGCUAGCAAUAAGAAUAUUGUUGAAUUAAAUAUAAAUUAGGAAUAAUCAUGUAUAUAAUGAUGAUGUUUUCGCUGAGCCUUAUUGUCUUCCAGACUUGAAAUGCGUAGGAGUGAUUCGUAGGAUAAGCAAGCAUUCUUUUUUUCUUUUUUUUCAAUUCAACCGUUAAAAGUAAAAGCAGCAGCAUAAUUUGCCAUAAAUUCUCUAUUCAGUUUCAAUAUCAAAUGUUUGCCAAAUGUCAUCAUUGAAUGUGAUGCUUCUAACAUAAUCACUUGAGUGCUUCAGAGAUGGGCAUAUGUAUUUAAGAUGUCACACUCAUGAAAAGACCAGAUAUCAAGAGCACUGUUUGAAAAGGCAUGCUUCCAUGACAAUCCCACGAGUCCAUCCAAGCACAUUCAUGCAAGUUGCACACGCAUAUACACACAGUACGCGACCAAACCACUUGGGUUUUCUUUUGCCAUAUGAUACCAUUCUCUGUAAUGUAGCAUUGUAUAUGUACUUGUGCGCCUGUACCUUGUAAGACCUAACCAGAGAUUUAAAAAAAAACGUAUUUUGAUGUGCAUAUAUGAAAUAUUUAUUUAAAUAUAAUAAUGUAAUGUAUAUGUUUGUGUAUAGUUCUAGUGAUAUGGACUCCUGGGUCUUAAACCAUGCGGGCAGUGGUUUAGGACAACAACAGAAAUGUAUUCAAGAUGGUUAUGAUCCAUAAGAGGCUAUGCAAAAGCUGAAAAGUAGAGAUGGAAUGAAGAGUAAAAUACAUACAAUCUA